GUCUGAAGACGAUAAUACAUCAGUUUGUAGUUAUACUUACUCACCAGUUCAUAUAAUAAAUUAUGUCGAAGAAAAUGAGGGAACCGAUGAUAUUGGACGAUGGCAGCCCAAAUCAAAGCGAGAACGAGGAAGAGAUUACGUGUGGACAACCUUUUCUGGAUUCAGAAAUUCUUCCGAAUACUAAGGCAGUGAAAGUAACUAUAGCCAAGGAGACGAAGAAGAGGAAACGGGAGGAAAAAGACGAAAAAUCAUUGAAGAAAACGAAAGUGAAUGUGGAAGAAGAAAUUCAGAAAGCGCAAACCUUAUCGACGAAUUGCAGUCAUAUCUCGAUUCUCUCGAUGAUUUUGGCGAUGUGGACACCGGACUAUCUACUUCAUUGUAUACCAAAAUCUACUUCAUUGUUCGAAAUGAUGAUUCCUUUGGCAUUGAAAGCGAAAGAAUACGAAGCGAAAAGAGUCAUACAUAUAUUGAUGGGUUAUAUGAAUUCACUCCAGAAGAUAUUAAUGGGACAAAAGAAAGAGUUAGGGAAUUACUCUUUACCGUCUUUAGUGCAAAGUCUCUUAAAUCUCGAAUUGUCCACGACGUUUACCGAUGCGACCAUAACUAUGGAGACAUCAAAUUGGAUCCUGAACUGUUAUGCAGAAAAUUUUCAGGGGCAAUCUUGCUCAUCUCCCAUCAUAAAAACCACAUCCACGUUGUCCAAUAUACAAGUUUGAAGUGAUUAUUUUUUAGGUAAG